UUGGUAUCAAGAUGACAAUAAAACACAAAAUACGAAGAGUCUGCCUCCGUGAUUUAAGAAUGCAUACUUUGCGAAAAACUCUCAAUCAUUAUACGCUAUUUGUCUAAUACUAUGCUUUUCCAGGGAAUGUAUUGUUUAGGAAAAAUGACUUAUUACAAAUGAAACGCAGCGUGUGUCACCCUCGGUCAGCCAUUUUCUCGCGAAGCAUCUUGGGACUUUUUUUGAAAAAAUAAUUUUUAAUUAUUAUUUCAGCUAUACGAUCAACUUGUACUUAAUUUCAAACAAAACUAAGAAUAUUUUGUAAUUAUUUAUGACAAUAAUUCUAAAAAAACGGUUUAGUCUGAAAUAUAUGCUGAUUUUUACUUACCCUUCACCCACUCUACGGAAUCCGCGAAGGGUCAAAAAGUACGCAACGCAUUAUGAAACCGAACGGACUCGGAUUGAAACUCGGCAGAUAUUAGCAAUAGCAUUAAGUUAAUAUCAAUGAAAUAAGUGUCAUAGACGGCCCAUCGGUCCCUCUGUAGUAGAGAUAAAUAUAGAUCUAAAUGGCGACGUCAUUUAGUUGUUCUGCUGGGUUUGCUCUAGGCAUGGAUCUGGGCACAACGUCAGUUAAAGUCGUGCUGCUGGAUGAGCGUAAGACUGUGACAGACUGCACGAGUUUCCCCACAAACUCCGACAUAAGUUGCACCCCAGACAAACAUGCUAAAGAGCAGGACCCUGCACUAAUAAUCACGGCUCUGAACCGAUGCAUGGAUGCUUUACCCAAAGACAAGCUGCAAAAAGUUAAAAGCAUUGGAAUAUGUGGACAAAUGCAUGGCCUUUUGCUGUGGAAAUCAAAAACAGGUUGCGAAUGGCUGAAGGAAGAUGCUGUCACUAGAUACAUUCCCAAAGAUGUAAGUCAGCUGAUCACCUGGCAGGAUGGCAGAUGCAGCACUACUUUCCUUUCUUCUCUACCUAAACCAGACUCUCACCUGAGUGUGGCCACUGGCUUUGGUUGUGCAACCAUCUUCUGGUAUAUGAAACACAGGCCAGAGUUCCUGUCAGACUUCACUGUGGCAGGCACCAUCCAAGACUAUGUGGCGUCCAUGCUGUGUAGCCUUGACAACUGUGUCAUGACUGGGCAAAAUGCUGCCAGCUGGGGCUAUUUCAACACAACCACAAACCAAUGGAACAAACAAAUUCUAAAGGAGGCUGGUUUUCCUGUGCAUCUCUUGCCUAUAGUGGUGGCGUCAGGAGCUGUCGCUGGUCACACAUCUUUUGGAUGGUAUGGCAUCCCUGCUCACACACCUGUAAGUGCAGCGCUGGGAGACUUCCAGUGUAGUGUAUACUCCUGCAUGGCUGACACUGGAGAUGCAGUACUAAACAUGAGCACUUCAGCCCAGUUGACGUUCGCCAUGCCUGCAGAGUUCUGCCCUCCGAGCUCUCCAGACCCCCUCUCCCCCACUGCCUAUUUCCCAUACUUCCGAGGCUCUUAUCUGGCAGUGGCUGCAUCUCUUAAUGGAGGCAAUGUCAUGGCAACCUUUGUCAGAAUGCUCGGAUCAUGGAUGAAAGAAUUUGGAUUAGAAGUGAGUGACUCUGGAAUCUACUCCCAAUUGAUCCAGUCUGGCCUGACACAUCCUAACACUGAUCUAACAGUGACCCCAACGCUCUUGGGAGAACGGCACGACCCCUCAGCCCUCGCCAGCAUCUGCCAGAUCUCGCCCACUAACCUCUCUCUGGGUUACGUGACCCGGGCUGUGUGCAGGGGCAUUAUUCAGAACAUGGCCACUAUGAUGCCCCCUGAAAACCUACAGGCUGCGGGGGUGAAAAGGAUUAUUGGUAGUGGCAGUGCUCUGUCAUGUAACGCAGUUCUGAAACAGGAAGUGGAGGCAGUAUUUCCUUUUCCUGUAGUCUAUGGUAAAGAUGUGGACUCAGCUUUUGGAGUUGCCAUGGUGUUUAGUGAUCAAAUGUACGAAGAGACAAAAUUACAUCUUAUGAUGUGAAAUCAAAAU